AUCUACAAUCUAUAACCAAAUAUGGCUGCCAUGCAGACGACAACAACAGCAACCAGUUCUCUUAUUCUUUCAAUCAUUCUUAUUAUCACACUGACAUCACUAAACAUCGAUGCGAAGGAACUCGGCAAUGAUUGUGAAGUUAAAAUCCCUCCCAAUAUCGGUGAGAUUUUAUCUCGUUUAGUAAAAUUAGAAAAAGAGGUUUUCAAUUUUGAAGUCCAUUUAUCAAACAAGACACUUGAUGAACUUCUUAAUCCUGUACCUUUGGAUUAUUUUGCGAAUGCGAGACAUUUUACGUGGAUUCCAGAUAAAUCAGGUGCUUUAACUCUAUAUAGAACUUUCUCCUAUGAUUUUUCAAUGAAUUCUUUUAAAAUGUUAGACGUCUACGUUGCUAAACAAAGGAUUGAUAUCAAUAUCACUUGUGGAAAACAAAAUAUUCAGAGACACGAUUUAAUAUAUUUGAUAUUCGAGGCAUUGAAAAGAAUCACAUUUAUGGACAAAUUGCAAAUGGCAGAAUCUGGAUUCAUAUGUUUUUAUAUAAAUUUGUCUCAAGACAUAAAGAAGAACAGCCCUGGCACAUUUGAAGCUCACAAACGAAUUGGUAUAAAUCGAGAACUAUUGCUGUAAACUCUAUAAAAAUGAAAGUCAUGUUUAUCACACCAAAUCCAUUACAUCAAAGAUCCACUUUCACGUUUCUCAUUCAAAAUAAGAGAUUAUUACAGAAGUAUGGCAGUUUAAAUGUUUCUACACUACAGGAUUAUGAUCUACUCUAUGCAAUAAUGAAAGCUAAUAUUUCUACUGCUUUAAACCCAAAUUUCUGGUAUUUAAUAAUUUAUACUUGGAUUAAUCGUAUAAAGAAAAUUUGGUUAUAUUACUACAGGAGAAAUAUUUUCUGGCGAUUCCUUACGCUUUGGCUCUUUGUUUCCAUUACAAUUUUAUUUGCUGUAUU